CAGAGGUGCGGAGACAUGGCGGCGGCUAUUGCAGCGUGUAGCUUACUGCGUGGCUCUCUGAGGAGGGGGGCUGCUGCCGCCUACAGCACAGGGAGAGAUGGCACCCCUCGUCCUGCCCCUGUUGCUUCAGCGGGACCAGCCGCCUCUCAGGUGCCCCCGGUCACACCCACACAGACUUCCCCCGGUAACCCCACAGCCCCCCAUCUGCACCCCUCUGGUGCCCCGGCUCCUGGCCGCCGCUUCUCAUCUUCUUCGACUGCCCCAAAGAUUGAUAACAAGAGCUUCCUAUGGUCCCGAUAUGGGGAGAUGAAGAAACUUGUGCAAGACCUCUUGCCUCCUGGGGUGUGUAACCUCCUGAACUCAUCCACUAUCUACGCCAACAAUGAAGUCUGCCUUGGAGACAUAGAAAUCUAUGGGUUUGACUACGAUUAUACUCUUGCACUAUAUUCCAGCGCUUUGCACUCCAUGAUAUUUAACACUGCCAGAGACAUUCUAAUUGAACAGUACAAGUAUCCCGAUGCAAUCCGCAAAUAUGAAUACCUGCCUAACUUUGCAGUGAGAGGCCUGCAUUACGAUAUUAACAAGGGUCUGUUAAUGAAGAUUGAUGCUUAUCACUACAUAGAACUAGGCACUGCAUACAGGGGCCUGAAGCCGGUCCCAGAUGAGGAGGUGAUGGAGCUCUACCAGGGAACACACCACAUACCGCUUCAUCAGGUCAGCGGGUUCUACGGCAAGGGUCCUGCAGUCAAGCAGUUCAUGGACAUCUUCUCAUUGCCUGAAAUAACGCUGCUGGCUGUUGCCAAUGACUUUUUUCUCACAAAUGACAUUGAUUAUGAUCCCAUUCACCUGUACAAGGAUGUCACAGACGCAAUCCGAGAUGUGCACAUAAAAGGCUUCAUGUACAAAUGGAUCAUGCAGGAUCUCGAAAAGUACAUCCUAAGGGGAGAUGAGACAUAUGCAGUCUUGCACCGCUUGGCCAGCCAAGGCAAAAAGCUUUUCCUUAUCACCAAUAGCCCCUUUAGCUUUGUGGACAAGGGGAUGAAAUACAUGGUCGGCAAGGACUGGAGGGAUUUUUUCGACGUUGUCAUAGUCCAGGCAGAUAAACCUCACUUCUUCAAUGACUGCAUCAAGCCUUUCCGUCGGCUGGAUAAGAAUGGAGACCUGAAGUGGGAUAAGAUUACAAGUUUGGAGAAGGGACAGGUGUACAAACAGGGUAACUUGUUCGACUUCAUUCGCUUAACAGGCUGGCGCGGUUCUAAGGUGCUUUAUUUUGGAGAUCAUCUGUAUAGUGACCUUGCAGACCUGAUGCUGCGUCAUGGCUGGAGAACAGGGGCUAUAGUGCCGGAAUUGGAGACGGAAACCAAGAUUGUUAACACAGAGCAGUAUUCACAGUCGCUAACUUGGAUGCAGGCACUGACUGGCCUCUUGGAACGCAUGCAGAAUUUCCGGGACCCAGGGUCUCAGCAGGUAUUGCAGGACUGGAUGAAGGAGAGACAGGAGCUAAGGGCUGUAACCAAGAAUCUAUUCAACCCCCAAUUCGGUAGCAUCUUCCGGACCUGCCAUAACCCCACCUACUUCUCCCGUCGUCUCUGCCGCUUUUCAGAUCUUUACAUGGCCUCUAUCAGCUGCCUCCUAAACUAUGACCUAAGCUACACCUUCUUCCCCCGUCGCACCCCUCUGCAGCAUGAAGCACCACUGUGGAUGGAUCAGCUCUGCACAGGCUGCAUGAAAACUCCCUUCUUGGAAGAGAUGGCCCACAUUCGCUAAUGAGCCCACAUUCGCUAAUGCAGUGAGACUUUGGGUGCUGGACUCAAAGGUGGAGAGAGUAUGAAUGCACCCCGGAGCCCUUUCAUCAAAUGUGCCACUUCUACGAGAUGAAACUGCCAUGUACUAGAAAAUACACAAGAGUGAGGAUUUGCACUGUGCUUGUGUGGAUAAAAUAAACUGCACAGCACAGUAUAUAUUAAUUUCAGAUUUUUUUCAAGGUCCAGUUCUCCCUGCAGUUUAAAGCUAUUGUUCUCUUUUGAAUGGAAAAAAGAGAUCAUUGUGCCCUUGUGUAGCUGUAGCCACUUCAGUGUUAGAUUGCCUUGUCCCACACUGCCUUACAUAGCAGUGACCUGCAGUGUUGCCUUUGUCUAGUGCACGCAGCUUGGUGUAAAGGCUGUGCUAUUUGCAACCGCUCGUUUUAGUCCUCCACCAUCUCUGCUAUUGAGGACAACAUGCCAAUCUAGAAGUGUGAAAUAUCUAAGAAUGUGCUAUCUGCUUCCUUCACUACCAACACCUGCUUUCUCCUUUAAUACCCUUAGAUCUUAGCCAUAAAUUAGAGCUUAGCCAUAAAUUAUCCAUUGCAACUGACUUAUUCGCAUAGCCAGAGCAGGCUGUACUAGAAAAGAAUGAAAAAAAGAAUUCUCCGUUGUGGAAGCCAUUUAUAUUCAGCGUGGACAUCCAUUCAAGCUUCUCUACACUGUUCUUAGCCUUUUGCUUUGGGAUUUUUUUUUUCGCCUUGUUGCCUUGUCAAAAACUUCUUAAUUUUUAGACAUUUCUUUACCAGAAGUUGCAUUCCAUUGGACAGGCACAGUGAUUGCACAGGAGCAGCAAACUGCUAUGGGGUUAACUAUUGUGAGACCCUUGCAGGAUGGAGUUUUACUACACUUGGACCUUCAUUGUUACUAAAGGGAUGAGAGGAGAUGUAAUAGACUAAUGAACAAUUUUCAGGUGAAGCUGAUACGCACAAUUAUUUUUUUUUCAUUUUAUUAUUUCAAGAAGUUUUGUUCUCGGCUGUAGCAGUCAAAUCGUAUAUCAUCAAUGAAAGCUGCAGCUUCAGAUCUGUAACUGAGGGACACCGAAUGUGUUCAUGGUUGGCGGGCUGGUGCAUUUAUUUUCCCAAAGGGGGCAUUGUGAGAGAUAUUGAUGCUUUCUAAAAUCCUAGACCAUAAUAGGCUUUGUUAGGGGUAAUGGAAAGGAAAGCAUUUUGCCCCGUGACUAGUAACAGGGUAUAGAGUUUGUAGUCCUCAUAUGGACAUAUCAGUAGAUCAUGUGGUGUGGAUUUAGAGAACUUCACUGGGUUGGGGUAGUUUUAUUCCUGCCAUAUUAUGCUGAUUUUUAUAUAAUAAGAAUUGUGUACUUGCAGCAUUUGUGAAAAGAAAAAAAGGUUUAACGUCUAAGAUCAGGAUGAUGGGUGUAUAUUUGAUACGCUUGCCUUAUACAGCUAUGGGCGGGACUCAUUUCUCAUUAUUCAUCUGCUACCGUGAAACGUUGCUUUUUUACACUGUAACACAGUUGUUGAGCAGAAAGCUUGAAAUAAAUGUACAACAAUC